CUAUCUUUUACCAUCUUCUCUUUAACUGCCUUUAAUUUUGCACAACCGCUAAAAAACUUUUAACCACCUUGUUUGAACGAUGUUACGAUCGAACCCUAUGUCAGUUAAACUUGUAAAUAACUCUAUAAAGAGCCUUAAGUUUAGUUUGCUUCUCCAAUCCAAAGUUCGAGAAGAAAAAUGGAAGCAAUAACUAAAAAUGGGUCGCUCUCUCAAACUCUUGUUCAUUGUGGGCCAAAAAGCUUGAGCUCGUUCAUCCCAGUUCGCUGUCUUAGGUUUUCUAAGAAUCCGUUCCCCAAAAAGUUGGUCGUAACUAGAGCUAGGACGAGCAUUAACAGUGAUCAUGAAGCCGCAAAUCGUCCGUUAUUUCAGUUUCCACCUUCCCUAUUGGAUGAUCGCUUCCUUUCCAUUUCCGCCAACCAGUCGGAAAUUGAUAGCCUUGGGAGAGAUAUCGAGGCACUUAAGGCUAAAGUGAGUGAAAAGCUGGUUUGUAUGGACGUAAAGGAGAGGAUUCACUUGAUCCAUCUGCUAGUCAGUCUUGGAGUCGCUUACCAUUUCGAGAAACAGAUCGAAGAAUUCCUGAAAGUUGAUUUCGAGAACGUGGAGGAUAUGAACCUGGGAGAAGAGGAUAUGUAUAGCAUUUCUGUCAUCUUCAGGGUUUUUAGGCUGUACCGUCACAAGUUAUCUUCCGAUGUGUUCAAUAGGUUUAAAGAAGAAAAUGGGGAUUUUAAGAAAUGCCUUCUCGAUGAUGUAAGAGGUAUGCUAAGCUUCUACGAAGCUUCAUAUUUUGGGACGAAUACAGAAGAAAUCCUUGACGAAGCAAUGGGCUUCACGCGGAAACACUUGGAACUAUUUUGUUGGAGGCAGCAAUGAGGAACAUUUAUCUGGGCACAUAAAAAACGUGUUGUAUCUUUCUCAGCAAGAAAACGCAGAGGUGGUGAUGUCAAGAGAAUAUAUACAGUUCUAUGAACAAGAGACACAUCACGACGAGACCUUGCUAAAAUUUGCCAAGAUCAAUUUCAAGUUCAUGCAGUUGCAUUAUGUUCAAGAGCUUCAAACUAUCGUGAAAUGGUGGAAAGAGCUUGACUUGGAAUCAAAGAUCCCUAAUUACUACAGAGUUAGAGCCGUGGAGUGCCUCUACUGGGCAAUGGCAGUGUAUAUGGAGCCACAAUAUUCAGUUGCUAGAAUAAUACUGAGCAAGUCCUUGGUGUUGUGGACCAUUAUAGAUGACCUAUAUGAUGCCUAUUGUACUCUUCCAGAAGCUAUUGCUUUCACUGAAAAUAUGGAAAGGUGGGAAACUGAUGCCAUAGACAUGCCAGAUCAUAUGAAGGUCCUCUUGAGGUCAUUGAUAGACCUUAUGGAAGAUUUCAAAGGAGAAGUGAGAUCAGAAGGAAGAUUGUACAGUGUGGAAUAUGGAAUAGACGAGUGGAAAAGACUAUUCAGAGCGGACCUUACAAUAUCAAAGUGGGCACGCACGGGAUACAUACCAAACUAUGACGAAUACAUGGAGGUUGGAAUAGUGACUGGGGGAGUAGAUGUCACGGUUGCGUUCGCCUUCAUUGGUAUGGGGGAAGCAGGAAAAGAAGCUUUUGACUGGAUAAGAUCAAGACCGAAAUUCAUUCAAACUAUAGAUCUAAAAUCACGUCUCAGAGAUGAUGUUGCCACCUACAAGGAUGAAAUGGCUAGAGGAGAGAUUGCGACAGGAAUCAACUGCUAUAUGAAACAAUAUAAAGUUACCGAAGAAGAAGCGUUUCUAGAGUUUCAUAGAAGGAUUAAACAUACUUCCAAGCUAGUGAAUGAAGAGUAUUUUAAGACGACAGUACCUUUGAAACUUGUGCGUAUAGCUUUUAACGUUGGACGGGUUAUCGAUACCAACUACAAGCAUGGCGAUGGAUUAACCUAUACAGGGAUAGUAGGAGGCCAAAUCACCUCUUUGUUCCUUGAUCUAAUCACCAUUUAGGGUCUAUGAUUCCAAGUCUUUACGAACCUCUUCAAUUUCCCGAAUAAGUGAAAACGUUUGCGUUUUACCAUCCAUAUUUACCUUAUAAUUUGAGUAAGUGUUUUGAAUACAUCUAUAUUUUUGUCUAUAUUUAUAAUCUCUGUUGUGUUAUAAUGGAUCCAUUCAUACA